UUUAUUACUGCCGUCGUCUAACCCUUCAGCUGUGGCUCACCGUUUUUCUUCUCUCUUCCUCUCGAUAUGGCGGAUGAGAAGGAGACCAGCGGUGCCACUGAUAAAGCUGUCAGUGAAAACCCUAGUUCUAACACUAGCCUCAACUCCAUUGCUUCGAACGAUGGGGGAUCUACGCCCGAGAUGGCACCUCGUGUGCCUAGCAGAACGCCCUUCACCAGCCUGAGCCAGGUCGACGCUGACCUUGCACUCGCUCGGGCUCUUCAAGAGCAGGAAAGGGCGUACAUGAUGCUGAGGAUGAACGGUGGUGAUGGAAGUGAUUAUGCGAGCUCGGAUGGCGGGAGCUAUGAAGACGAUGAAGAAGAAUUGGAUGGGGACCAGGAGGAGCCUUAUGAUGAACAGGGUAGUGUGGAAGGGAGUGAUUAUGGGGAGGAUGCUUUCGAUGCCAAUGAUAGUGGCAUUAACCCGGAAGAUUUUGACAACGAUGAGGCAUAUGCUAGGGCUCUUCAAGACGCCGAGGAGCGUGAUGUUGCCGUUCGGUUGAUGGCCCUUGCUGGAUUAAAUGAUUGGAGUAUUGCAGAAAACGGGAAUCAUGAGGAGCAUGAUCAGGAUGCAUGGAGGGAGGUUGAUCCGGACGAACUAUCAUAUGAGGAGCUUGUUGCAUUGGGUGAGGUAGUCGGAACUGAGAACAGAGGUCUUUCUAUCGAUACUAUAGCAUCUUUGCCUUCAGUCUACUACAAGGCUCACAUCGGAGAGGAUUGCAAUAUUGAUCAAUGUGUCAUUUGCCGAUUGGACUUUGAGGACGGUGAUUCUUUAGUUGUGCUUUCAUGCAAGCAUAAAUACCACACCGAGUGCAUAAACAAAUGGCUCCAAAUAAACAAGGUUUGCCCAGUUUGCAGUACCGAGGUUUCGGCGUCGUGCGGCAGCCAGGCCGAAGUUGAGUGAAUAAAUCCUGCCUUUGUAUCCAGAAUCAUAAUUCUGAAGGUAGCUGUAAUAGAGCCAUUCUGGUUUCUUUCAUUAGAUGUGUUGUUGUAUUCUACACAAGGGACAAAACAAGCUCGCAUAUCUCAUCAUCCAUUACUAUUCUGGCAGGCUUUUUAAUAUUGUUUUGUCCGCUACAUUCAUGCUCUAGUUUUAAUGAGAUAAGCUAUUUCUAUUUGCU